AUGAAAGUUCCUGCCCUGGCGAUCUCAGCAGAGGUGAGGGCAGAGAUCAUGGCGCUGAUGGAGAAAGCGAAACACGGGGAGAAGCUGGUGAGCAUGAUUGACAAGAUCCUCACCCUUCUCAAGAAGAGUGGUUUGGCCUGGUCGCAGAAGCUUCUGCCUCACCAGGUAGGCUGCCAUCCUCGCAACAGAGACGGACUUGGCAUCUCCACAUCAGAAGUUCAUGGCCUCAUCACCGACAUCGUGCAAGUAGGAUUCAGUCCAGAGGAAGUUCGCUGCAUUUGUAUGGAAACGGAUCCAUCCGAGACAGGGGUUGUGGACUUCAACCGCAGGCUGCAGAAGGAAAGUGCAGGGAAGCUAGCAAGUCUCAACACCGAGUUGAUCAGGUAUGCGAGCGUGGCGGGCUCUCACCUCAAUGCUGGGUUGAAUUGCUGGAUCCAUGGUGUCAUGCACGGCAACCCAGCAUGCACAGGCCAAGAUGGGAAACUGUCAAUGGCAAAAUUGGCAGAGAUGGACAAGGCCUAUCAUGCAGCCUGCACAGAGGGCCUGCCAUGGCUGAUUUUUGCCAGAGACGUUGGGAAAGAGUUUCCUGAUUUUCCCAACCUGCUGCAGAGCAGCAUGAAUGUGAGCAGCCAUUUGAGUCGCCCAGAGAGCGAGUUGCAGCUGCUACGCAAGAUCCACCUGGCAUGCGCCCAGCUGAAGGCUUCUGGAAAGGAAACAUUGACCUGGAAGGAUGUCUCUCCGCAAGUCUUGCCCUCCAAGCCUACACUGGCACUGCAGUGUCCACAGCUCUUCCAAUUUGUGGUGAAGUUCUCAGGUGGUCUUGCAGGCCACCUAUUGGAGUCCAGUGAGGCCUUCUGCAGAGCCCCUGGCCACAGUCGCAGAACAGUGGGCGGUGAGAUCUAUGAGAUUCUUUCCCAAGAUGUGAAGGGUGACAAACAUCAACACGGGGUGUGCAGACAUUGUGUCUUGAAGUGUCUGUACUUUGUUCCAGAGAAGACCCUGGCAAUGACGGAUGUGCGCAAACUGAUGUCAUCUUCCUUGGCAAAAAAGAUGGAGAAGGUUGAGCGGUUUGUAGGCGAAGCUGAGAAGAUUUGCAGCAUCAACCAGGUGGCACCCGAUGUGCAGCUGCACGCGCUGGGCGUGCUGUCGUGUCAUCUGACGCUGUGUGCGUUAGAGAAGAAGCAUGGCCCAAGUUUGAGAACAUGGAGGAAGCAGGGCGUGAAAUUCAUUGAUCUCCUGCGUGAAUUCAGCGGCAACGCCAACAUCACAUGUCCAUGGAGCAUGGCACCCUCCACCUCUGCAGGGAUCUCUGCGAAGGCUGCCAAGUUGCGGUCUUUGACCACCAGUGGGCAAGUUGCAGAUACGUCCAUGUUGAAGGAGAAAGGAUUCGUAGUGGGCAUGCAGGUGAAGCGCAAGUCGGAGGAGGUCACAGAGACCAUCAAAUCAAUGGCGGCCGAUAGCGUGAUCCUCAUGGUUGCUGGCGUUGAAAAGCAGGCUUCUGCAGCGUCAUUCCUUCAGAACGAGUGGAAGCAUGUGGCGGUCAAGGCACCAGCAGAGAAAAUGGAUGAGUGGGGCAAGCUUGCUCCUGAACACAGUUCAGAAUUGUUCAUCUCAGCUUUGAAAGGCAAGAUCAUGCAGCACCUCUACCAGAAGACGCCUAAGGUUGAGAAAUUGCCUCUGGACAUCUUCUCGAAACCGAAAGAUGUUAUCGUCACCCGUGAUGUCAAAGCUGGCAACUUGAAGAUUCCGGUAAGCACAUUGAAACUUGAAGUUCGUUCGGAUGACAAGGUGAAUAGCGCUGCCAUUUGCAUUGGCAAAGCGAACCAGGUAAAAUGCCGGUGGGGCAACAAAGCAGCUGACCUGUGGUUGGAGCUGAAAACCGAUGUGUUGAACUACUUGUCCAUUGCCAUGAAGAUGCCUGCAGAUGCAGAUCAGUCUACAGCUGCAGCUGCUUUGCCCGCCGAUGGGCAAACUGACUCUGUCCCUGCAUCUGAAGCUGCUGGUGAGGAGGCUGAACAUGUUCCCAAAUCUCCCGAAAAGAAGAGGAGACGAUUUCAGCCGAAACGAUCCCCCAAGAAGAAGGCUAAGAAGGCACGUCAGGCAGUGAAUGAGGAAUGCGAAGUUGCUGAGAACACUGUAUCUGAAGCUGAGGGUGAUUAG